GGGUCGCUCGAGAGCAAGAAGCGCGCGACGCUCUACGUCGUCGCGCAGCUCCUCAAGAUCUACUUCAAGCUGAACCUGCUCAAGCUCGCCCAGCCGCUGAUCCGGCCGCUGGAGGCGACGGCGGGCCGGUCCGGCGCCUUCGACUCGCGGAAGAUCUUCCCCCAGGGCGACGUCGUCGCGUACCGGUUCUUCGUCGGCCGGCUCCGCAUGUUCGAGGACCAGUACGGCGCGGCGGAGGAGCACCUCAUCUACGCCUUCGCGCACUGCGACGCGUCGAGCCGGCGGAACAAGCGCGCGAUCCUCGAGUUCCUGCUGCCCGUGCGGCUCCGCCGCGGCGCGCUCCCGCGGCGCGCGCUCCUCGAGAAGCACGGCCUCGCGGCGCUCGCGCCCCUCGUCGACGCCGUGCGCUCCGGGGACCUCGGCACCUUCAACGCGGAGCUCGCGAAGAACCAGAUGGCCUUCGUGCGCCGCGGCACCUUCCUCCUCCUCGAGAAGGUGAAGAUCCUCGUCUACCGCAACCUCUUCAAGAAGAUCUACCUCGUCCAGGGCAAGGCGACGCAGCUCAAGCUCCACCUCUUCCAGCGCGCCUUCGCCUGGCUCGGCUGCCCGACGGACAUGGACGAGGUCGAGUGCAUCCUCGCGAACCUCAUCUUCAAGGGCCUCAUCAAGGGCUACAUCUCCCACCAGAAGCAGACCCUCGUGCUGUCGAAGAAGGACCCGUUCCCG